AAGGCGAAACCAUGCACAGCCUGGCAAACGUUAUGCUUGUGGGCAGUUUCAUCGCUGCCAGCGGGUUUGUUCAGCUCCCUCUUGCUCCUACCUCACGCUCUUCGUCCUCCUGUCUCCUCCUGCGCAAUGGUCAGCCUCUCUCUAUCCUUCCCAACCCCCGCAGCUGCAGCUCCGUUGCCAUGCAAGCGAAGAAGAAGGGAAAGAAGGUGUCCUCCUCGAAGACCAAGGCUGCCCCCUCCUCUCCCGACGCCACUGAGCUCUACUCCUCGUCCUCCUCCUCCUCGGAGAGCGUGGAGGAUGUGGAUGCGGAUGUCUCCGUGAAGAAGCUGAUCAGAGACCGAUCCCUGGAGUCGCUCAUUGAGGACAUUCCCAAGGCAGCGAUCGUAAACGAGCCCAAGUGGAAGAGGAAGAAGGACAAGGAGGAGGAGAAAGAGGCUGAUAUUGAUGCUGCCUUCGGUCUGUCAGGAGAUAUGAUGAGGAUGAUCAAGAACGGGACCUGGGCCUGCAUCGCCCUCCUCGUCCUCCUCGAAGUCUACGCGCGAUCGCCGCUGGCGGGAGAUCUCAGGCUGCCGGACGCUGAGGAGAGGGCGAUUCAAGUGCAGAGGCAGGAGCAGGCGAAGGAGGGGAAAAUUCUUCCCGGCGUUCGUCCAUGGGCCCCGUUUGGACUGAACGCUCCUGCAGACUCCCCAGCACCAUCCAAGUGAUCGGGCCCGUUGACUUCUUCUCCCUCCCCUCCCAUCGUCAACACCGUCAAAGUCUCCUGUCAAGAUCGAAACCAGCGCGACUGAACGUGUUUGUAAUACAAGGAAUGGAAAUC